UGUCGGAACAAGUUCGCCUGUUGUUGAUAUUACUUACAUUCGGUGUAAUUUGCCAGUAUUAUUUAAUACUUUGGAUUAAAAAUGUACCUCCGCCGAAUAUGGUCAGCAAUGAGACAUAUUUUAAUGCCACGCUUGAAAAACUAUUAAGACAACGUUUUCCUGGAAGUAUUGGACAUUCUAGAGUAAGUAACUUCCUUACCGAUACUCUGAAAGAAUUGGGUUUCACCACGAUACAUGAUGAGCAUUUGGAUGGGAUGAAGUUUAUCAAUAUGUUGGGCAUCAUGAAUACGCAGGCAACAAAUUAUUUAAUGCUCUGUUGUCACUACGACUCGAAAUACAUAGCAGAUCACGAAAUUUAUGUAGGUGCCACAGAUGGCGCCGUUUCUUGUGCAAUGCUUCUAACUGUGAUUAAAAAUUUAAAUUCUUACCUAUUGGGAGAAUUCAAAAAGCGAACGGAUAUUGGUUUGUUGCUGGUAUUGUUUGAUGGUCAUGAGUCCUUUGAGGAAGUAAUCGACGAUUUUAAUUCACUAAAUGGAUCACGACAUUUUGCAGAAACGGAGUUAAUUCCUUUGCAGAGCAUUGAACUUGUCAUUGCUUUUAAUUUGAUUGGCGCACCUAAUCAAAUCUACAUGAGUCAUUAUGAGAACACCUUUGAGUUGCACAGUCGUCUGGCAGAUAUUGAGCAACAUCUAAGGGAAGCUGGUAGAUUGAGCAACUCUCAUCAGUUAUUCCAUAAGCUGAAGGAUCAUGACAGCGACAUUGAAGAUGAUCACUAUCCAUUUCUCAUGGAGGGCGUGCCUGUAAUGCAUAUUGUGCCUCACACUUUUCCAGAAGUCUGGCACACCGACUCUGAUAACCUUAGAAAUCUUCACUUUCCAACGAUACGUAAUAUGAAUCUAAUAAUUACGCAUUUUGUUUAUGAAUAUUUGCACAACCAUUCAGAUGAAAUAAGUAGGUUACCCGUUUAAAUAGAGAUCAUGAACAAUUAUAUUGUUAUUUGUUCAACAGUAAAUAUUUCGAUUUGCCCUAA